UUCCUUCCUCGAGGGAAAGAAAACCCAUUGAUAUAAAACUUCACUUCCCUUCUGGCUUUCCCUUCUAAAUGCCACUGCAGUAGAGACCGAGUGUUGAUAAACACAGGGGAAAGAAAAAAUCAGUAAGCUGAGCCUGGUCACAUUGACCCUUGUGAUAUAGUUUUAUUUUUAACCUCGAAACACUUGAACUAUUCCUGUUGAAGUUUUCUCUCCUUUCCCUGCCUCCUCAACAGAAUUCUGCUCUGUGCAGCCGAUGCUCCUUCAGCCGCCUCCUGUGACCUGCUUGCUUGCUCACAAUCCUGGAUGCGGGUGCAGCAGAUGCUGACUCAGCCCAUGCAGUUAAGAGAGAUCACUCAGUUUUGGAAAGUCAGACAAACCCACGGAGGAUAAGGAUCCAGUCACUGCAUUGAAACAGAGCAUUAUAAAGCAAGAAGAAAUUAGGAAGCAAUGGGCAGGGCACGCAGGCCUCCACCUGGGCAGCACAGGCAUUGUGAGAGAUGCUUCAACCGUCACUGCCGUGUUCCUGUGGAGCCCAAUGUCUCCUGUGUAAUGAUAAACUGCCACCUGUCCUGUGGCGCCGCCUUCCACAUGUGCAAAGAGGCAGAGCAUGAGCUGCUGUGCCCUUUAGAGCAGGUUCCGUGCCUCAACUCCGAAUAUGGCUGCCCCCUCUCCAUGUCCCGCCACAAGCUGGCCAAGCAUCUGCAAGUGUGCCCCGCCAGCGUGGUCUGCUGCUCCAUGGAGUGGAACCGCUGGCCCAACGUGGACUCAGAAACAAUCCUGCACGAGAACAUCAUGAAGGAGCCCCCCAGUGAGGAGUGUUUGGACACAGCCCUGGCCCUCCAGGACCAGAAGGUCCUUUUCAGAUCUUUGAAAAUGGUAGAACUUUUCCCAGAAACUCGAGAGCCCACUAAGGAGGAACCUACUCUGAAUGGAGAAGCCAGCUGGGAGGAAAUGGGAGGAGCGGUGGGUGGAGCGAAUGCUGGUUUAGUACCACACAGCUCUCUGUCAGCCACUACAGGAGACAUGGCAGAGCUGAGUCAAGAAGAACGUGAGGCGUUGGCCAGAACCACAGAAGGGAUGGACCUGACCAAGUUUAGCAAGUGGGAAAAUAUUUUCAGCAAAGAGAACGCAGCCUCUGCUUUAACAAACUCAUCAGCGAGCUGUGAAAGCAAAAACAGUGAUGGCCCAGGGAAAGAACAGAUUUCCAACGGCAAUAACGUGGUCGGGGAGGACACUGCCAAAGGGGAAGAAGCACAGGAAAACCAGAAACAGCAGGACUGUCAUGCAGCUGUGGAAACAACAGGGCUUGCCCCUUGGCAGGAUGGUGUUCUGGAAAGACUGAAAACAGCUGUGGAUGUAAAGGACUAUAAUAUGUAUCUGGUGCACAAUGGAAGGAUGCUAAUCCACUUUGGUCAAAUGCCUGCUUGUACACCUAAGGAGAAGGACUUUGUUUAUGGCAAACUUGAGGCUCAGGAAGUGAAGACUGUUUACACCUUCAAAGUUCCUGUGAGCUACUGUGGGAAGCGGGCUCGCAUUGGCGAUGCCAUGUUGAGUUGUAAGCCGAGUGAACACAAGGCAGUAGACACUUCAGAUUUAGGGAUCGCUGUGGAGGACCUGCCCAAAUCAGAUCUCAUCAAGACCACCCUCCUGUGUGCUUUGGAAAGAGAACUCAAAGGUCAUGUCAUCUCUGAAUCCAGGAGCAUUGAUGGGCUGUUCAUGGAUUUUGCUACUCAGACAUACAGUUUUGAGCCAGAACAGUUUUCCUCUGGAACAGUGCUGGCUGACCUCCUAACCACUUCCAACCCAGAGGGGCUCCAUGUGGAACUCCACAGUGAGUGUGUGACCAGGAGACACAACAAGAGCAGCUCUGCCUUCACUUUUACUUGCAACAAAUUCUUCAGGAGGGAUGAAUUCCCUCUGCAUUUCAAGAAUGUCCACACAGACAUUCAGUCGUGUCUCGAUGGCUGGUUCCAGCAUCGGUGCCCCCUCGCCUACUUGGGAUGUACAUUUAUUCAAAACCAUUUCCGUCCCCCAGGGCAAAAGGCAAAAGUGAUCUACAGUCAGGAGCUGGAGACCUUUGCCAUCAAGCCAGAGGUUGCAUCAGAAGUGAAGGAGGGAAGGAAGAACCACCAUCUCUCAGGCCAUGGAGGAAAAAGCCAGAAUUCUCUAACCAGUCUGCCCUUGGAGGUUUUGCAGUACAUCGCUGGGUUCUUGGACAGCAUCAGCCUGUCCCAGCUCUCCCAGGUGUCUGUACUGAUGAGGAACAUCUGUGCCACUUUAUUACAGGAGAGAGGGAUGGUCCUCCUGCAGUGGAAGAAGAAGAGGUAUUCCCAUGGAGGCACCUCCUGGAGAGUCCACAAGAAGAUCUGGCAAUUCAGCAGCCUCUUCUCUAAAAUCAACAACUGGGAAUUUAAUGAAGUCACUUCCAUGUCUGAGCACCUGAAGACCUGUCCUUUCAACAUUGUGGAGCACAAGACUGACCCAGUUCUAUUGACCAGCAUGUGUGAGCCCCGUGAGCAGGCCCAAGAGAGCUUAGUUGCCACCUUUAGAGCCAGACCACAAGGGAGACAAGCCAAGUAAAGAAUCCCAUACCACUGUUCUUGAAUUCUUCUUCAGAGUUGCUGAAAGUAGGACAGAGUAUGCUUUGGGGGACUUCCCCCUGUAACUGUGUAUAUGCUUAUCUAGGUGUAUUACAACACGCAAUGUCCUCCAAAACCCAAGCUGUUGCACAAGGUCUAAGCACUUCCUAAGCCCUACCUUGUACAAUUGUUAUCAUACUGCAUUGAUGACUUACUUCCUUUCCUUUUUUAUUUCUGAAAUAGAUCAGUCUGAAGAGAAAAUAGGUAACUUGAGGUCACUGAGGAAGAUAAGCCCAGUUUCUUAAGAGAUAAGAGAGCAAUGAAUUCUAUAAGCAGCAUAG